AUGACUACCAAAGAGUAUCCAUCACUGUGGGGCUUUGGAACAACAAAAACAUUUAAAAUUCCCAUUGAACAUUUGGAUUUCAAGUAUAUUGAAAAAUGCUCAGACGUGAAACACUUGGAAAAAAUCCUUUGUGUGCUCAGGUCUGGCGAGGAAGGGUAUUAUCCUGAACUCACAGAACUUUGUGAAAAGCGUCUUCAAGGCUUGGCUCCUCGAAGCAGAGCUCUGAGGAAGGACAAGCCCGCAGCCACAGCAUCCAGUUUCACAGCAGAAGAAUGGGAAAACAUUGACAGUGACAUAAAGAGCUGGGUAUCAGAAAUUAAAAAAGAAGAAGAUAAAAUGCACUUUCAUGAAACUGAAAGGUUUACAAUGAUGGAAGGUAAUUUGCCUCCGGUCCGUGGUUCAAACAACUGUCUUCACGUGGGCAAGGAAAAAUCUUCUGAAACUAGAUCAACUAAAAAGAAAAUUCCAAGGGAUUAUGCAGAAUGGGAUAAAUUUGAUGUGGAAAAGGAAUGUUCAAAAAUCGACGAAGAUUACAAAGAAAAGAUUGUUGUUGACAACAGGGCACAUCUGUCUAAAAUUGAGACAAGAAUAGACACAUCAGGUCUGACUGAGAAGGAAAAGGCUCUUCUAGCUGUUCGUGAGAAGGAAAAAGGAAACGAAGCCUUCAACUCGGGAGAUUUUGAAGAGGCUGUGAUGUAUUUCACCAGGAGCAUCUCAGCCCUUCCCACUGUAGCUGCCUAUAACAACCGAGCGCAAGCCGGAAUCAAGUUGCAGAACUGGAAUAGUGCUUUUCAGGAUUGUGAAAAGGCCCUGGAGUUAGAACCUGGAAACAUAAAGGCUCUUCUGCGCCGUGCCACCACGUAUAAACACCAAAACAAGCUCCAGGAAGCUAGAGAUGAUCUGAAUACAGUACUGGCUGUUGAGCCCAACAAUGAUUUGGCCAAGAAAACCUUGUCAGAGGUUGAAAGAGAUCUGAAAAAUUCUGAACCUGCACUUAAGACCCAAAGCAAAGGGAAAAGGAUGGUCAUCCAGGAAGUAGAGACCUCGGAAGAUGAAGACCGAGAGGAGAGCGCGAGGCGCCGCGUGGACGGCAGCGCAGCUGAGGGUGAUCCAUGCCUGGGUUUUAGCCCUCAUCGGGUGCAGCACUCAUCCGUGCUUCUGUAUGAACUGCACAACGGACCCGUGCAGUCCUCAGCAUUCCCCUGUCUACGUGAAGAGUCUUCCUCUCUUCAUUUGUUAGAUGUUAGCAUCCUCAGGGAUCCAAGAGCACUUCCGAGGGAUCCCCUCCACAUGCAGACUCAAGGAUCCUUCGUCUUCCAACACCUCUCCCAUCAGUGUGUCUUGCCCCGGCCGAUGCCAACUCUCACUUCCCGCAUCUGCUUCCCCGCAGAGGCCGCCGAGCCCGCGCGCGCCAUGGGCAACAUCCAGAAGAAGCUGUCGGGCAGGAGCGACGGCGCCAAGCGGCCGCGGAGGACCCGGGCGCCGGCGACCGGCGCGGAGCAGCGCGGCGGGACCCCGGCCCCGGCCCCCGCCCCGGCCGCCGGCGCCAACGCCCACCCCGGCCCCGGGGACCCCGCGCCGGCCGACGCGCCCUCGGGCCCCGCCGACCUCAAGAGCCAGGGCAACGAGCUGUUCAAGGGCGGCCAGUUCACCGAGGCGGCCGCCAAGUACUCGGCGGCGAUAGCGCAGCUGGAGCCUGCAGGAAGUGCCAGUGCAGAUGACCUAAGCAUCUUAUAUUCAAAUAGAGCCGCAUGUUACCUAAAAGAAGGGAACUGCAGUGGCUGCAUUCAAGAUUGUAACAGGGCCCUGGAGCUUCAGCCUUUCUCUGUGAAGCCUCUUCUGCGGCGGGCCAUGGCCUUUGAGACCUUAGAGCAGUACGGGAAGGCUUACGUGGAUUACAAGACAGUGUUGCAGAUCGACCGCGGAAUCCAGCUAGCCAACGAUAGCGUCAACAGAAUCACAAGAAUCCUAAUGGAGCUGGAUGGACCCAGCUGGCGGGAGAAGCUGUCGCCCAUCCCUGCCGUGCCCACUGCUGCCCCAGUGCCAGGCUGGCGCCCUGCCGCAGAGACGACCCCUAACCAAGAGGGAGACUUCGGCAGACCCCGCCCGCCGGGCAGCACAGAGGAAAGCGUGUUUAAAGCCAUGAAGGAGGAAGGAAAUCGGUGUGUAAAGGACAAAAACUACACAGAUGCCCUCCGUAAAUACAGCGAAUGCUUGAAGAUCAACAACAAGGAAUGUGCCAUAUAUACGAACAGAGCUCUGUGCUACCUGAAGCUGUGUCAGUUUGAAGAGGCAAAGCGGGACUGCGAUCAGGCACUGCAGAUGGAUGCCGGGAACGUGAAGGCGUGCUACCGCCGGGCGCUGGCUCACAAGGGACUCAAGAAUUAUCAGAAAAGCUUAACUGAUCUCAAUAAAGUUCUCCUACUAGACCCAAAUAUUGUUGAGGCAAAGAUGGAACUGGAAGAGGUCACCAGAUUCCUUAAUACUAAGGAUGAUGCGGCAUCACUCAACAAAGGCAAGGAGAGGAAGAAAAUCGAGAUUCAAGAGGUGACUGAGUGCCAUGCCAGGGAGCCCCAGCCAACCAGGGAGGACGUCCUCGCCGACACCCCGGCUUCCGAGCAGGGCGAGGACUGCAACGGGCCGCUGGAACACUCGGAAGAACUUCAGCUCGCCAGACCGCACAAUGCCUAUGAGUUCGGCCAGGCCAUCAACGCUAUCAGUCUGAGGAAAGAUAAGGCCGCCUGUGCGCACCUGUUAGCCUCCACGGCACCGGAAGAGCUGCCCACGUUGUUGAGUAACAAACUUGAAGGGGAUACGUUCCUCCUCCUGGUUCAGGCUCUGAAGAACCAUCUCAUGGAUAAAGACCCCUCCCUGGUCUAUCAGCACCUUUUAUAUCUGAGUAAAGCAGACAGGUUUAAGAUGAUGUUAACGCUCAUUAGCAAGGACCAGAAGGAGCAACUCCAACAGCUCUUUGAUGCCCUGGCGGACGUACGGCACAGCCACUUUACUCUGGAAGACGUGCAGGCCCUGAAAAGCCAGUAUGAGCUUUAAACCAAGACUGCUGUUCGAGUCCUGCCGCGCAUGUGUGUGUUCAGUAAUGCUGGUGACACGGUAUUGUAACAGCUGCAGAGAUAAAGCCUGGCUUUUUCGACUAUAAAACAUUUUGCUUUAUUUUUAUAGACAGAAUAUGUAUAUUCUAUGAUCUGCUUUUUUUAGUUGUAAAUAUUUUCUUAUGUACCAGAGCCAACAUCUUUAUAUUUAAUAAGUAUAUUUGGAACUUGUUAAAAUACAUUUUUAAUUUAUAGUACACAUUUUCUUUUAAUAACUCAUCUGCUGAAACUGAGCUAAAUUGCAUUUUCUUUGAGCUAAGGCGUCCUCUGAAGUUUGGUAGAGUUGAACUUUAAAGUUCUUUUCUUAAAUAAGUAUCACCUUAUAUCCUGUUAAGGUAUACAUAAAGUCCCAAUUUAUACUUGUGGAUUACAGUUAGUUAAAAUAUACCACUCAGGUCUAUAAUAUGAAAUGAUUAUUAAAUAAUGUUUUUAAUUUAGAGCUGUAAGAGGACCUCAUUUUUCUAAUAUGGAAGCAUUGCCUAAUAAUUAAGAAAAUUGCCAAAAAUUUAUACCACUUUUUACUAGAUUUUAAAGCUACCUUCCCUUAUAAAAGCAAUAAAACAGCCAUGGAUAUAAAAACAAAGUCUGCAUUUGUAUUUGAAAUGCCCCCUCCUGAAUCUGUUUUUGCUCUCAUGACUAUAUUUAUUUCUUUACUGUAAAUGGGAACGUGAAGUACUCUUCUACUGAAACUCCUUUAUUAACUGGGUCAGAGUAAAAGGUAUUUCUUACACUAAAACUCUCAGGUCUCUGUCAUUUAUUUUAAUCUAUAGUCAAUUCCCCUUUUCUUGAGCAAUUUUAUUUAGAAGUGAAGAUGAAAAUUAAAGUGCUAAUAGAUAGUGAAUAUGGAAAUAAUUAUAGAAUACUGUUAAAAUCACUAUUUAGAACCUUCCAAAAUGAGUUUUUCCCUUAAGCUGUUCUCUCUCCUACUCCCAAGUAAAAUUCUGUAAUGGGUACGUUAGACUACUAACAAAAAACUGCUUCUCCUUUUUAGUGCUAUUAAAUUUUCAUGAAAGUAAAUGAAUGGAUUCUGUUAGAACCGUACCUUGUGUGUGGAGUUUACUUAUAGAAACGAACCACUGUUUUCCUUUAUGAAGGUAUUUCAAAAUUCGUGGGAAAGGGGAUUAAAAGAUGCUUGCUUUGGUGCAAAAAUUUUUUUUGAAAUCCACAGUUUCAUAAACAUUUUCACAAACUUUUUGAAGACCCCCUCAUAU